AUCCAAACCCGGGUUUACAGUAAAAUUGAAUCAACUUGCACCAGAAGCUGUGACUGCUGUAGCUGCACGUCUGCUCAUUCAUCGCCACUGCUCUAAACCCUUGUCUGCUUUGUCCAGUAAAUCUAGGUAAAUGGCUGUAUACAAACUGGUUUUGAUUCGUCACGGAGAGAGUAAUUGGAACGACGAGAAUCGUUUCAGUGGGUGGUUUGACGCAGAUCUGAGCAAAGCUGGAGAACAUGAGGCAAGAAGAGGUGGACAAGCACUUAAAGACGCCGGCUAUGAGUUUGACAUCUGCUACACCUCCGUGCUGAAGAGGGCCAUCCGCACCUUAUGGACGGUGUUGGACAGCAUUGACCAGAUGUGGGUUCCUGUGCACCGAACGUGGCGGCUCAACGAACGCCACUACGGGGGUCUCACGGGGCUGAACAAGUCAGAGACCGCCGCCAAGCACGGCGAAGCCCAGGUGAAGGUAUGGAGGCGCUCCUUCGACAUCCCUCCUCCGACAAUGGAUCCGGGCCACGACUUCUAUGCUGUCAUCAGCAAGGAUCGUCGUUAUGCUGACCUGAGUGCAGACCAGCUUCCUUCAUGUGAGAGCCUUAAGGACACCAUUGCGAGGGCACUUCCCUUCUGGAAUGAGGAAAUUGCACCACAGAUCAAAAAGGGCAAGAGGGUCCUCAUUGCUGCCCAUGGCAACAGCCUAAGGGGAAUCGUCAAACACCUGGAAGGCAUGUCAGAGGAGGCCAUCAUGGAGCUGAACCUUCCCACCGGCAUCCCCAUCCUCUACGAGCUUGACAAGAACCUGAAGCCUGUGAAGCCCAUGCAGUUCCUGGGAGACAAAGAGACUGUGAGGAAGGCCAUGGAGGCGGUGGCUGCCCAGGGGAAAGCAAAGAAGUAAAAAGCAUAGGGAUAGGUGCUAAUCCUUUCUGUGGUCUACAGUGUACAGGCUGAACACCAACCACAUGUUUACAGAUCACCGGUUUUGGCAGGAAGAUGGCAUUGGUGUGAAUAAGGGUUGGAUACAGAGAGGGACAGCAUGAUGGGGUGAUCGUGAUUCAGGCAAAUGAAUUCUAUCUUCUUAAGUAAUUUUAUUUUCUCAGGUGACAGGGGACCUUACAAAAAGUUUGAUGAUACAUUUCAUACAAAUAGUGUCAGAAAAUGUAGUUACAUUUUUGUCUGACUGGCAGUAAUACUUUGCACUAUCAAACACUAGUUUAUGGUUAACUCUUGAUGCAAUUGAGUAUUGCCAUCUACACUCAUUGCUAUCUCUGAUCUUACAAUCAAUGAGGUGUCUUGCUAUAUCUAUGUGUUCUUGAAUUGAUGUGUGAUAUGUCUUUCUAUCUUGUAUAAAUCACAAACUGGUAUUUUUAUUGAGUAAAAUAUAUAUUUCAAUGUAGCAAGGCAUGUUCAGUGCAUUGAGAAUUGUUGUAUCCCCCAACUAUUUGGAUUUUCCUAAUAAAUGUAUGGUUUUGAACACA